UCCUGUGUCCCGACUGGUGCUCAUGUUACAACUCGCUCUCUCUCAUGUGAGUGUCGUUGCUUAUUACCGCACCGUGAACCAUGAUUUCUGGCCUAAAUGGCAAGCGUUUGGGUCCGGGAUCAGACAAAAGAUUUAGUGGAUUGCUUAAGGGACUGGCUUAAGUGGAGAACAGGCAAGCGUAAAGGGGAAAUAAGGCAGUAUUUGUCUGGUAUAUCACUCGACCUGAGGCAUUCGCCGCGUGGCUGUUCGAAUUCAAGUCAUCCUAACCAAACAUGCCUCUUUCAACUUCGGAGAGCUACGUUUGGGCCAGCGAGUCCUUGAGAGAUAUAACUGAGGGUCGCGCCAAAGGGAAUCGUUUAGCACUAGUUGUUCGCGCUCGCGUCCAACUUCUCCUCUUCACUAUAGGCUGUAAUGCUCAGAAGCACUGCGGAAAAGUCGUGUUGUUGGGAAUCGUUGCGAUGUGCGUGUGUGGGAUAGGCCUGGACCGCAUUCAGAUGGAGACAAAUGCCGAAAAACUCUGGGUUGAAGCUGGUGGCAGACUAGAAGAGGAACUAGCCUACACCAAAGGUGCCUUGGGGGAGGGGUUUGGAGCAUCACAGGAGCUGAUAAUCCAAACCCCUAACAUUGAAGGGACUAAUAUCCUUACUCCAAAUGCACUGUUACUUCACCUAGAGGCUGUACGGAAAGCCACUAAAGUCACAGUUACUAUUGACAACAAGAAAUGGACUCUUAAAGAACUCUGCUAUGCACCCAAUCUUCCUGAGAUAGAAAACAAAGCACUAAGACCAAUAUUUGAUCUGCUGGUUCCUUGCGCCAUCAUUUCACCAUUGGACUGCUUCUGGGAAGGUGCAAAGAUUCAUGGUCCAGAAAAGAACAUUUCUUUCACGCCUGAGAAGAAGCUUCUAAAGUGGACAACUUUGAAUCCGAUUGGCUUGCUAGACUUGCUAAAAAUUGGCCUGGACAUUUUCCAUAACAGAGAAUAUGAGACAAUUCGUACCAUGUUUAAAGAGGCUGGAAUUACGAGCGGGUACACAGAAAAGCCAUGCCUCAAUCCAAAUGACCGAGAGUGUCCGCGAACAGCUCCUAACUAUAGAUCAAAAGAGGCAUUGGAUAUUGGUGCCUCCAUAACAGAUGGCUGCACUGGCUUUGCAGCCAAAUACAUGAAAUGGCCUGAGGAGCUGAUUGCUGGUGGAGUGAAGAAGAAUCGCUCUGGGACUAUAAGAAGUGCUGGGGCCCUUCAGAGUAUCAUUCUCCUGAUGGGACCACAGAACAUGCAGAGGUAUUACCAGGACAAUGAUGGUCAAGAUCUUAGUACUGAGAAAGCGACACAGAUCUUAGAGGCGUGGCAACGACAGUUCUCCAAGGUGAUGAAUGCUGAGAGCAGUAGGGUCACGGAUGAAGACUCCACUGUCCUGGCCUUCACCUCUACUGCCUUCAAUGACCUACUGAAGGAUUUCUCCAAGUCAAGCACUGUGCAGCUAGCCAUAGGCUAUAUUAUAAUGGUAUUGUAUGCUGGCUGGUCUUUGAAGCGGUGGACGAAUGGGGUUCAGUCCCAUGGGGGUCUGGGUGUGGCCGGGGUGAUACUGGUCACCCUAUCUGUGGUGGCGGGAAUGGGGUUAUGCUCCUUUUGUGGGAUUGCUUUUAAUGCCGCCUCAACACAGGUCCUGCCCUUCCUGGCCCUAGGUCUUGGAGUGGACGACAUGUUCCUGAUAGCGCAUACCUAUGCUGCCAUGAGCGAUAUCCACCCAUCGGACCAAGUUGGCUAUGCCCUGGGUAGCGCUGGUGUCAGUGUUCUUCUGACCUCGUUCAACAACAUGGUGGCCUUCCUUAUGGCUGCUAUCAUCCCCAUCCCGGCACUGCGAGCCUUCUCUAUACAGGCUGCUGUGAUUGUAGUGUUCAAUUACCUCGCGGUGACUAUCGUCUUUCCCGCCAUGAUCGCCAUUGACGUGAAGCGCAAACAGGACCAGCGAUACGACCUCCUCUGCUGUUUCUCCAAGACUGUCCCGCAAAGGAUCUCGGUCACACCCGACCUAUCUACAGACACAGGCGUAGUCGUGCGUAGGUACAACAACUCGUGCAGCUCCCUCAGCUCUCAGAACUCCACAGCAGCUCAACCCCCGUAUAUAGGGGCCUCUCAGCUUCCUAGUAUAGGGGCGGUGGUGACGGCUAAUGGGACAAUCUCCCUACCUGGGGCCGUCACUGUGCACGCCGCUGCCUUUGCCGAGCUAGGCCCCAAGACCGUUUACAACACGUUAUUACCGCUAUCGGUUUCUGAACUCAAUAACCAGACAACCCAGAGCAUGGUUAUUACAGGCAACAACCGCGAGGGGCAAUUUACGCUAGGGGCCUACGGCGGCCGACGGAACUACGGCAAUAAUGCGCUCGAGUUUGAGCCUUCUAGAGACAAUAUCUCAGAGAUUGAUCUGGGUUCGGGUAAUGACAGAGGGAAGAGACAGUCAUCUGGAAACAAAGACGUUAACCAGAACUCUAGCACUACCGAUGGCAAAUCGAACAGCCGAGGAUCGCCGAGUGGGUCUAGGGCGGCGUUUGAGAAGAAGUCGUCGAGAUGCGAAAGGAAGCAUGGAAGAUGGCAUUGGCUGAAGCAUUUGUCGUUAGAGCACUUUGCUGAUCAUUACUACGGGCCGUGCCUUCAGAAGAACUCAACCAAGAUCCUUGUGCUGUUCAUGUUCGCCGCCAUGUUUGGUGCAGGGGUCUAUGGCUGUAUGCUAGUCCGUGACGGCCUUGAUCUGAUGGACGUCGUACCCCGUAACACGACCGAGCACAAGUUUGUGGACGCCCAAUCCAAAUACUUCUCAUACUACAUUAUGUACGCCGUCACCAAGGAAUAUGACUAUCCCAAUGGACAGAAGCUCAUGUACAAGUACCAUGAGGCCUUUAGCCGGGUGAGAAACAUAAUCAAGUCUCCAGAUAUCAAGACCCAGCCGUUCUGGUUGAUUUAUUUUCGCGAUUGGUUAAAGGACAUGCAGCAAGCAUUUGACUCUGACUGGUCCACUGGAUGUGUAACGUACGAGGGGUGGCGCGAGAACGCUAGUGAUUAUGGUAUCCUCGGCUACAAGCUCCUCUCCCAGACCGGAAACCCGGACAUGCCCAUCAACCGGACACAGGUGCGGUCCAUCCGACUUGUGGAUGAGUCUGGAAUUAUCCGACCAGCUAGCUUCUACAAUUAUCUAACUGCGUGGAUGAAUGUUGAUACUAUGGGGUACACUGCUUCACAGGCUUUUAUCAAACCGGAAGCCGUAAACUGGUACAACCUGCGUGACGUCCGGGAACAACAUUCUAUGCGCAUGGAAGCAGCGAAGCCGAUUACAUUCGCCCAACUGCCGUUUGACUUGUUUCAUCUAAAAACAACAGAAGAUAUCGUCCAAACAAUCAAGGAGGUGCGUAAGAUCUGUGACGAGUUCCAGGCGGCUGGUCUCCCUUCUUAUCCAAGUGGGAUCCCAUUCACCUUCUGGGAACAGUACAUCAUGCUGCGUCAACACCUCAUGGUCGCCAUCAUCAUCGUGCUUGGCAUCACCUUCAUUGUGAUCGCGGGCUUCUUGUGGAGCGUCUGGACGGCUAUCAUUAUAGACCUGACGCUGGUCAUGAUAACGGUCCAGUUGUUUGGAUUCAUGGGUUUGGCAGGAAUCAAGCUCAGCGCUGUCCCAGCCGUGACCCUCAUCCUAUCCGUGGGGGUAGGGGUGGAGUUCACUGUCCAUAUGUGCAUGGCGUUCCUUACGUCCACAGGGGAUCGUAACCACCGCAUGCAGACGGCCAUUGAGCACGUGUUUACCCCCAUCGUGGACGGCGCGGUAUCGACGCUGCUCGGUGUCAUCAUGCUCGCGGGCUCAGAGUUUGACUUUAUUGUAAGGUAUUUUUUCCACCUUCUUGCCGCCCUGAUUGUCAUCGGCAGUCUCAACGGCUUAAUGUUUCUCCCAGUUCUUCUUUCUUUUGCGGGACCUCAUCCAGAGGUUGAGGAAUUACGAGCCCCCGGUACUGCAUCAUCGGCGGGCUCUCAGCGUGAGCUUCUUCCCAGAAGCAGUUGCAGGCGUGGUACGCCACCCACAGACUCGCAGCUGUGCAUACUUGACGCGAACACAGAAAACGUGCACGAUGAGCACUCGAACUCUCGCGGGCGCAGAAAGCACCGCAAGACGCGGAAUAACCGCGUCCCUCGCGCCAAUGCGAGCUCGCACAUUGACUCAGACUCGUCUAGUUCCACAGUUACUCGAGUCACCGCGACAGCUACGGUCACUGUGGAGGUUCUUAGGGAGCAACUCGCAGGAACACGGCGCAUUCAACCCGCGCGAGAUACGGGACGCCCGCGGGAUGCGGGACGCUCAGUACGGGACGAACACUGUCGAGUCGAGAUCACAGACCUUGAUCUUCAGGAAGGUGACAAUGUGAGAUGAGCAUUUCGGAGCAUGCGAGGGAAUCAUGCAAGGGAAUCUAUCGUCUAUGGCGCUUGCCAUAAAUAUCAAGUGCUCGACCCUCUGGAAUGGUGUCGGAUUGGAGUGCUGGAAAAUUCGCACUGAAGUAGGUAUAUCGAGGUAGAAACCAAGUUUGACUUGUUCAACUAAAACCCAGGGUGGUAUCCCAGAGCAUGAGAGAUUACUGGAAUCGGGCGCGUUAACAUGUGUGCUACGAAUCGGUAUGUGCGCAGGGAGACACUGGACUCGGAAAUGUGCGGAAUGUAUUGGUCCUGGAGACAGCAUAAAAAUUACUGCGUUCAACAACAUGUGCGGGUUAAUGAAAAAGUUACAAAAAAUGAAACCAAGAAUGAAACCAAGAAUGAACCAAGUGCUGGUUUGUUAGCAGUAAAGAGAGACACGUUACAAUAAGACUGGCGUUAUGGAGUUAAGUCACUGAACGAAGUGACCGCUCAAGGCUGGCUCACACUAGCGACAUAGCGACAUAACAUCGCGCCCUUAUGUCCUUAUAUAACGACAUUGACAUAACGACAUAAGAAAAGAAAAACAUGUUAUUUGUCCUAUGCCGUUAUGUCUCUGUCGUUAUGUCAUUAUUUUGAACCAUUCACAGUUUGAACAUAGGAAAUAAGUGUCCGUUACGUCGUUAUGUCGCUAGUGUGAACCAGCCUUAAAAGCUACGCUACAUUUUGCGUAUAUAUAAUUUAUAGUUUUGUAUAAAAACAAAAAGCCAACGAGAGACACUCCGUCAGCUGAAUCAUGAUUAAUGAUGGGACGUUUACUGUUGAAUUCCAGGGAUAGUAUUUUGAAGGUUUAUAUUUAAGUUGCCUUUUAUUUCCAAAGCACUGCUGUCUGUAUAACGCUUCUAAUAGAAAUUUCAGUAGCAUCGAACGUUUCUUUUACCAGGCUGUUUAUAUGGGUUAAUAUGGUUUCAGACGGUUUUGUCAGUAUGAACAAAUGAAGUUUUCUGAUAUAUGAUGAGUAAAGCUACAACUUGGCUGACUACGAGAUAUAACAGACAAUCUUGUUUUCUUUCUAAUAUAUAAUAAUUAGCAAUUUGAAUUAGCCAUGGCCAAUGUAUAUUUAUCAAUUGAAAUUGAAACGAUGCUACGCUUGUCUGGAUGCCGUUUGUGUACUGCUUUGCGAUACAUGUUUCUCUUUUUUUCGUAAGUUCUGCUUGAUAACCAGAUGGAUGAAACUGCGCUGUUUAGUUACUGGCUCGGGGUAUAUGCGCCUUAUUGUCUGCUUUGUGCGUGUCAUCUUUGCAAAUACAGGGCAACUUAUGUAGGAAAACGAUUAGCCUGGAAAAUUUGAUUAAUCGAAACUAUUUAUUCAUUGUAAAAAGUCGAGUUUAUAUAAAAGGAAUGUAUAAAUAUGUAUACAUAGAAAUAUAAUGUCAAGUCAUCACAAA